AGAAGUUUAGAGAGAGAGGACUUCUGGCGUUGAGGUCCCUGAAGGUCAGUGGCUGAUUCAAAUGAACCAUUCCUUCUUUGAGACGCCACAUCCAAACAUAUAAAAGGAUCUCUGAGCUCGGGCUGACAAGUUUCAAAGGGAACCUCUCAUUGAGAAGCUGGAGAAGCUCAAAAUCAGCAAAUCUUUAAAGGGUAUUCACAGUAGAAACAGCUGGAACAUGAGUUCUAAAUUGUCAUUGGAGUCCAGACUGAAGGCCUUGCAGUGCCACUUCACCUGGGACCUGGAGGUAAACCCUCCAAAUCUGAAUCUCUGGGAUGAACUAAAAGACACCAGCAGGGAGAAGGAAAACGUCUGGCUGGGUCACAUCUACAACCUGCAGGGGUUCAUCCAGUUCAAGCUGGGUUCCUCUGAAGAGGCCCUGAAGUUCUUCAGACGAGCCACUGAGACCUUCCAGCACCUAAAAAAUUCUGAUGAAGGUCCCUGGUUGAUGGUGAACUUUGGGAAUCUGGCUUGGCUGCACCAUCAUAUGGGUGAAGAUGAGAAGUGUCAGGAUUACCUGUCAAAGUGUGAAGCUCUAAUGAGAGAAGAGCUUCACUCAGAGGUCUGUGCUGAGAAGGCCUGGACCCUGAUGAGGUUUGACAAAGAGAAGAAGCUGCAGGCUGCAGAGCUCUUCCAGAGAGCCGUGAGGAUGCAGCCAGACAACGUGGAAUGGCAGACCAGCUGGGCCAUAUUAUCAGCAGGUCCCUUCAAAGCUUACAUGAAGAACAUCACUCCUGAUGUCUUUGAAAAAUUGAAAUCUGCCACAGAAAGAGAUCCAGACAACUUAUAUGUUGCUGCUCUUUAUCUGGAGGCAUGUGCUGCAAAAGGAGAGAAAAUUCAAGAUGAAGCAAAAGAUUUAGCUGAAAAGAUUCUAGAAAAGCCAAUGCACGACUACUGUGGAAUAGGCCGAGUAAUGAAGCUGUAUAGAGAGUACAUAUCUGUAGACGAAGCCAUUAAAAUAGCUGAUGAGGCCUUGAAGAGACAUCCUGAUUCACGUUUUGUAAAGAGGUCUGCUGCAAAAUGCUACACAAAGAAGGUAUUUUCUCAGCGAGGUAACCCUGAUCCCAGAACAACCGACAAAGCAAUCCGAUUGUGGAAAGAAGUGAUUGAUGUUUACCCUGAAUAUUCCCUGAAAUAAAAAAUAUCUCUAGCUGAUGUCCAUACAAAGGUAGACAUAGAGAAAGCUGACCAGAUUUACAGAGAGCUGCUGGACAGAGAAGAUCUGGAUCCAGCAGAAAAACAGAUGCUUUACUGUCGUUAUGCAAAACAUUUACAGUUUAUUAAAAAGGACUACUGUAGUUCUACUAAGUACCACAUGAUGACAGCAGAGAUUCAAAAGGAAUCCAAAUAUAAACAGAAAAGUGUCGCACAGCUGAAGUUUACCUCAAAAA